CUGGCUCCGCGCGCAGAGAAAGGGGCGUGGCCCCACCUGAGCUCCCGACUAAUGAGCGGGGGGCGGGGUCACACGUCGCGCGGUGCGAAGAUGGCGAUAGCGGCUGAAGCAGCUGCGCUGUACCAGCGCCUGCAGGAGCUGGGUUGUCCCGCACUAGAAGGCGCGGCCCCGGAGGACCCCGAUGGCGCUCUACGCCUACUCUGCGCCCCUGGUGGGGCGCGGCGGGCGGCCGUCCUGGAGUGGGCCUGCAUGCGGACCUGCCCAUCGCUGCGGGAGCUGCUGAACGCGAUCCCCGAGGGCCGGGACGAGCUGAGAGCCCGAGAGGUGGUCAAGCUGGGGGCUGACCUGCUGCUAUGCCACCCGGAGGACCUUGCCCUCAUUAAGGGUGAUGCCCCCCCACUUCAGCAGCUCCGGUUCCUCGAGAGUCUCCUGAAUGCGGUGCCUGAGCCCAACUCGGAUGCCUCGCCAGCCAGGCACGGCGAGGACAUUCUGCGUGAGAUGCUGGUGGGCCCAGGCCUGGCCUCGCUGUCUCCCCCUGAUCCCCCUGUGGUCCCCAUGCUGCGCACCCUGCUGCCUGAGCUGCUGCCCAGCCCUCAGAGUCAGGAGGGGACCCAGGCAUCCAGGCUCGCACCCUUCUUCCAGAGCCAAAAGAGAAUCCAGGUCCUGAGCUGGGAGGGGUCCCAGGCAUCUGGGCUGUGGUGUCUCUGCAGGCUUCAAGUGCCACAAGGGAAGUCACUGCUGCAGCUGCACAAGGAGCUGUAUGAAGCUGAUGCUGCCCUGGCUCUGUUGGAAGCUGAGGCCCCACCCCUACAGUUGGCCCGGCGCCUGCCCACACUGACUCUGGCUGCCCAUGAUGCCCAGCAGCUGAUCAGGGCCUUCACGGGGGCAGAGUUUGGGGACUUGAGGCCCCAGGGGGCCCAGCCCAGCCCCCACGGUGCUGCCUUCCCUCCCUUGCAUCGCUGCCUCAGCCUCACCACACAGGAGCUGGUGGCACUGGCCCAAGUCACAGACACAACACGGGAUGUCACGUGUGUCUCGGACCAGCAGCAGGACGCUGCCUGGAGGAGUGGAUCCAGCACCACCCUGCCCAGUCGCCUGCAGGAGCUGCAGGGCCAUUACCGGACCCUUCUUGCUUCCUGGAAGCUUCCUGUGACCCCUGACCUCCCUGUACCCCCAUUGUAAGCCACUCCCCAUGCCUGCUGGUUUUCUGGUCCAAUAAAGGCUGCACUUAAUUAUCA